GGGAGAGCGUACCUCCUCCAACAGCGUGGCGGCCACCACCGCAGCGUAGCGUCAACCAACGCGGUCCUAAUAAUAAGAAAUAAAACAAGCUAAAGAGAGAGAAAGACCAGCGACAUCGCUGUCUCACAUCGUUGCAUUUAUUUUCUUUUUUUUUGGCGGGCCGCUCCCAACGAGAAGACCACCUCGUCACGUUGCUUCCACCGAUUUCCGUAGCGUUGGAUCCACUAGAGCAGCGGUUAUUUGGUAACGCCCACCUCCAAUACACAAAUAGAGACGCUCUCUCUUGUCUUUCUAUUCUCUUCACGACGAUGUCCUCCGCGCCCGUCGCUUCUCCCUCCAAAGAGAGGGUCGGCGUCCUCCUCCCGCUCGCCGUCGCGGCCGCCGGCGCUUUGUGUCUUUGGAAGGUCAUCCAAACCUGCUCUGUGCCGGUGCACCCCCGCUGUGUCAGCGUCGUCUACGACACCCGCCGCAAAACGGUGUUGUGCACGUCGGCCGAUCGCGAGAUGCGCGCCGACGCCCUGCCGCGUGUGGUGCACUUCAGUCCUGCGUUGUACCUGUCUUCCGCCCUGAUGUACUGCAGUCGCACCCGACUCUUUGUGCCGCCGUCGUCCUUCUUUGGCGUCUUCACACUGCCGCGCGGCGUCUUCGAGGAGCCCGGGGAGGCGGUGAACUGCGCCGUCGAGGGCAUCGCGGUCAGCGACGGGUCGGUCAACAUGAUGGUGACGGUCUUCUACACCAUUCCGUUUGAGCAGAUGGAGCGCUACCUCGCCGCGGUGGGACCUGUCCCGCCGAAUGAGGUGAUCGCGAAGACGGUGGCGCACGUUGCACGCUUGCGGUGCGCGGAGCUGUCGGCCGGCAUCCUGCUGAGCAAGAAUCGUCGUGACGGUGUCUUCAUGGGACCAUUUAAGGAGCACCUGACGUGGAAACUGAUGUCGGAGGCGGCCGUGGCGGUGUCGGACGUGGUAGUGGAGCAGGCCAUUCUGCUAGAAGGAUCUUGA